UGGUCGUAAGAAUAAACCGAACAUAAGGUACCUACCUUACCACGGCCAGUACAUCACACCAUGGGUGUAUAUAUUCUGCGGUCUUUCCCAACCACAAUGAGCGACAUUGAAUUGUCCGUGUUCGGUUUUUCUUACCAUCGUUCGGCGAGCCAGUUUCUAUUAAACUUCUCCCGUCGGGCUGCCCCCUUCCUUCCUCACACCAAACACAUCAAUGUCCAUUUUCUUGAGAUACACCGGGAAGUCUGCCCCACGAAAGGCCUUCUCCGGCUUAUUUUCGCGCCAAAUGUCACUAUUUGACCGCUAUGACAGAUGGAAAAGCGGCGAGUCGCCAUCCGUCAACAAACCUUACCCCGACGACCAUGAGUCUCGCGCUGCAAUACGCGGGGAGCGUCUUCCCAGUUGCUUCACACGCGGGCUCGACCUUUGCACCAUCCAUGGCAUACGACACAACGAUGCAUUUGCCAGGUCUGAAGCAGUUGUGAAGCUUUGCGAGACCUCUGCGGACAAACGCUAUGCUAGGGCACGCAAUGCCCGGCUUAUCAUGAGCAACGAGGUCCCGGAUAUGGCGACGGAUGAUGUCAAGCCCUACUGUUUCUGGCACCCCGACACUGCCAGAGAAGAGACAUACCGACGUUUGGCAAAGCGCUAUCCCGACAUGGCAUAUACCGUUGGUCGGGCAUGCGCUGUGGCGGGAUAUGACGGAUUGUAUCAUGAACUUGACAUCCUUCCGAUAGAUAACUCGGCGGCAAAAGCGGGAUCCAAGGCCAUCUUUGAGCACAUCAUGAAACAACCAGUUUGCUACGCCGUUUUGGACGAUUACACCAGGUCUGUCCACCACAAAAACCCACGGUCACCGGCCUUUAUGAACGGAGAUACCGCCGUCCGAUCAACACUGAAUGGGACAGUCGCCCCGGAGGACAUGGAUGAUGAUAGCGGGCUUGUCCCGGAUGUCGGCUCUUUCGACAUCGACGAGGACGGCCACGUUGCCGAGGCCUCGACACACGCAUCGUCCUUCCCGUCACAAGGAACGCUGCCUGCAGAACACGUCGGACUGCUUUAUACGCCUCUGCCCUUGCAUCUGCCCACCAUCAUCAAAGAUCCGUUGAUCGUUAUGGCGGCUUAUGAAGGGAACCUGGACCGCUAUCUUCGCUUGCGUCGGCCCCAUAUGGUCGAGCAAGAGCAUGGAGCCGUCCUUCGCGGCAUAUACCACAACACUACCUUCGCCAAGUGGUGGUCGCUUCAGGCACGGGAGGAGUGGGAUUUUGAUAUCCGAGCGGCCACUCUCGCACGCUUCAUCAUGGUCAAUGACUUGUCGCACAUCACCGAAACAGAUCCACAUCCAGAAAAGGAGUUUCACGAGAUACCUGGAAUGAUAUGGUGGCCCCUUAUUCCUGCCGAGGAAACGCUGGCAGUCCUCGCCAAACGUCGUCCGGAUAUGCACCUUCAAGUAGCCAUGGCCUGCAUUGCCGGCAACUACAAGGAGUUGUGGGACAAGUUGGCACCCAAGCCGUCCAGACAGCUGUAUGAACAGGCUUCGCUAUGCCACGAUGCUAGCGUUCGCAACCACUUUGUCGACUAUCUCGAGCGUCGUGCUUCUGAGCUUGGAUUGGACGUCAAGGCCCUUAAGGAGGUGUACGGACUUCCUGCUCACGACUGGUGCUGGAAUGCGGCGAGACUCGACAAGGAGCCCACUAGCUGCUGGUUGCCCAGUGAGAUUAGCAUACCGGGGCAAAGCGGCCAUACUGACACGGACAAUGUCUACGGAACUCCCGACCAGACCAAUUUGGCUGAGUGGGAUUCCAACUGGGAACUCCAUAUAUGUUCAUCAGAGGAGCUGAGGGCCAAAAUACCGGCUUCGGAGUCUGGCAUUUGGCUGUACAGUAAAAACCCCCAUUCCGACUGGGCAAAAAUGUUUCCAAACGAGUAACACCCCCUGUAAUUGCAGCAAUAUCACGGACCCCUUUUAGGAGAAUAGUGAAUACCAAUAUGAUCAUAUACCUACUUUUCAAGUUUUGGGCUUCUUUUGUGCUUGUAGUCUUCAAUUACAGGGAAGUGUCGUAGUCAG